AUGGAAGCCUCAACUUGGACUCCAUUUGUGGCAGCAUGGUUCACUAUUUUGGCUCUCUUCCUUUUCUCAAAAUUUCUUCGCCGGAAAAAAAUCAACUUACCUCCCGGCCCGAAACCAUGGCCCAUAAUUGGAAAUCUCAACCUCAUAGGACCCCUCCCCCACCGUUCUUUACACGAACUAUCCCAAAAAUAUGGCCCCUUAAUGCACCUCCAGUUCGGCUCCUUCCCGGUGGUAGUCGGAUCCUCCGUCGAGAUGGCCAAGAUUUUCUUAAAAACCAUGGACGUCACUUUCGCAUCACGGCCCAAAACCGCCGCCGGAAAAUAUACCACCUACAAUUACUCCGACAUAACCUGGUCCCCUUACGGCCCGUACUGGCGCCAGGCCCGAAAAAUGUGCCUGAUGGAAUUAUUCAGCGUCAAAAGACUUGAAUCAUACGAAUACAUUCGGGCCGAAGAAAUGAAUUCCCUGCUCAAAGAACUUUUCAAAUCCGCCGGAAAGCCCGUUUUGUUGAAAGAUUAUCUUUCAACAGUGAGUUUGAAUGUGAUUAGUCGAAUGGUUUUGGGGGAAAGGUAUUCGGAUCAAUCGGAGAAUUCGAUAGUUUCGCCUGAAGAAUUCAAGAAGAUGUUGGAUGAACUUUUUUUGCUUAACGGGGUUUUUAAUAUUGGGGAUUCAAUCCCUUAUAUUGAUUUUCUUGAUUUGCAAGGAUAUGUUAAGAGAAUGAAAACUGUGAGCAAGAAAUUUGACGGGUUUUUGGAGUGUGUUCUUGAUGAACAUAACGCCAGAAGAAAAGCAACUGAAAAUUAUACAAGCAAAGACAUGGUGGAUGUGUUGUUGGAACUUGCAGAGGAUCCUAAUUUAGAGGUCAAGUUGGAGAGGCAUGGAGUCAAAGCAUUUACACAGGACUUGCUCGCGGGUGGAACUGAAAGCUCUUCCGUGACAGUGGAAUGGGCGAUUUCGGAGCUCCUAAAGAAGCCAGAAAUAUUCAAGAAGGCUACGGAGGAACUUGAUCGCGUAAUAGGCCGGGAAAGAUGGGUAAAAGAGAAAGAUAUCCCGAGUCUCCCUUACAUUGAAGCUAUUGUUAAAGAAACUAUGAGGCUACACCCGGUGGCACCAAUGUUGGUACCCCGUCUAGCACGCGAAGACUGUAAGGUAGCUGGCUACGACAUUCAGAAAGAAACCCGAGUUCUUGUAAAUGUAUGGACGAUUGGAAGAGACCCUGAAAUCUGGGAAAAUCCAAACGAAUUCUGUCCUGAAAGAUUCGUUGGGAAAAAUAUCGAUGUUAAGGGGCAAGAUUUCGAGCUUUUGCCAUUUGGUUCUGGUAGGAGGAUGUGCCCUGGAUACAGUUUGGGACUGAAAGUGAUUGAAUCAAGUUUUGCUAAUUUAUUGCAUGGAUACAAUUGGAGAUUGCCUGAAAAUAUGAGGCCUCAAGAUUUGAACAUGGAGGAAAUUUUUGGGCUUUCCACUCCAAGAAAAUUCCCACUCGUUACUGUAGCUGAGCCUAGGCUUCCAUUGGAUCUUUAUUCUCUGUGA